CAUGGCGUCUCCCAGUGGGAAGGGAGCCCGAGCGCCGGAGGCUCCUGGUUGCGGGCCUCGGCCGCUCGCCGCAGACCUGGUGGACUCGGUAGACGACGCGGAGGGGCUGUACGUGGCGGUCGAGCGCUGUCCGCUGUGCAACACCACCCGCCGCCGGCUGACCUGCGCCAAGUGCGUUCAGAACGGCGAUUUCGUCUACUUCGACGGCCGCGACCGUGAGAGGUUUAUAGACAAGAAGGAGCGGUUAAGUCAACUUAAGAGCAAGCAAGAAGAAUUUCAAAAAGAAGUGUUGAAAGCUAUGGAAGGAAAAUGGGUGACGGAUCAGUUGAGAUGGAAAAUAAUGUCCUGCAAGAUGAGGAUUGAACAGUUGAAACAAACAAUAUGUAAAGGAAAUGAAGAAAUGGAGAAAACUUCUGAAGGCCUUCUCAAAACCAAGGAAAAGAAUCAGAAGCUUUAUACUCGAGCAGAGCGGCAUCAAGAGAAAAAGGAGAAGAUCCAGAGGCACAAUCGCAAACUUGGUGACCUGGUAGAAAAAAAAAUCGUCGACUUAAAAAGUCAUUAUGAGCGUCUGGCGAAUCUUCGGCGAUCUCAUAUAUUGGAGCUCACCUCUGUCAUUUUUCCCAUCGAGGAAGUAAAGACUGGUGUGAGAGAUCCUGCAGAUGUGUCUUCAGAGAGUGACAGUGCCAUGACCUCCAGCACCGUGAGCAAGCUUGCUGAAGCCCGGAGGACGACGUACCACUCGGGGAGAUGGGUCUGUGACGACCACAAUGGGGACACCAGCAUUAGCAUAACAGGGCCUUGGAUUAGCCUUCCCAACAACGGGGACUACUCCGCCUACUAUAAUUGGGUGGAAGAGAAGAAAACCACGCAGGGUCCUGACAUGGAGCAUAACAACCCUGCGUACACGAUUAGUGCUGCCCUGUGCUACGCUACUCAGCUGGUCAACAUUCUGUCUCACAUACUCGACAUAAAUCUUCCCAAAAAGCUGUGCAACAGUGAAUUUUGUGGGGAAAAUCUCAGCAGACAGAAAUUUACUCGAGCAGUAAAGAAGCUGAAUGCAAAUAUUCUUUACCUGUGCUUUUCUCAGCAUGUAAAUUUAGAUCAAUUACAACCACUGCAUACCCUCAGGAAUCUAAUGUACCUGGUCAGCCCGAAUUCUGAACACCUAGGCAGGUCAGGACCCUUUGAAGUGCGAGCAGACCUGGAGGAGUCCAUGGAAUUUGUGGAUCCCGGAGCUGCUGGAGAAUCAGAUGAGAGUGGAGAGGAGCGCAUAAGUGACGAGGAAACAGACCUGGGCACAGACUGGGAGAACUUGCCGAGCCCCCGGUUUUGUGAUAUCCCUUCCCAGCCUGUGGAAGUCUCUCAGAGCCAGAGCACCCAGGCGUCCCCACCCAUCGCGAGCAGCAGUGCCGGCGGAAUGAUCUCGUCUGCUGCAGCCUCGGUGACCUCCUGGUUUAAAGCUUACACUGGACACCGUUAACAAGCAUGGAUCAAAACAUGCCAGAUUUGCAUCAAGAAAGUAAACUAGCAAACUUUAUGUAUUAGGUAAGACCAUGCCUGGAACAAAAAGGUUUUCAACUUUUUUUGUUUUGUUUAGAGCAGGGAGGCAAGCAUUUCUGUUUGUCAAAUGGCCAGUGGUGGUGACCGACAUCCUUAUGGUAACUAAUAGAACAGAGGGGUCAAAGGUCCUGCCACCCAGACUAGUGUUGGUGGAGGAACGACCAGAGCAGGACAGUUCUGUUGAGGCAGAAAUCCGUUUGGGCUCCCUCUGAUCACAGGCCAGGGGACCACAGACACAGGCUGGUGUGUUGGUCCGUGCGAUGCUGAGGCUGUUCCUGAACACUUUACAUUUUAGAGGCUGAAUCACGAGGAAGUGAUUCGUGAUUAGGACUUGAAAGAUAAAACUGUUUAAUAUGAGUUUGUUUUUAUGCGAUCGGUUUUGUACAGAGAACCAGCAAGCAAUUUGAAAUACUUGAUUUCUUUAUAAUUUUGUCAUGUUUGCUUUUUAGGUCAAGGAUUUUGGUUUUGUUUGGAAAGGUAGUGUUUUGGGGGAGGAUGGGUAGUUUAAAAAUUAUUUCACUUGUGCUGCUCUGUCGUAGCUCGUGAGACAUUCCUGUUUUUCUCCCCACACACCAAAGAAACUAAGGUCUUUUCUUUAGGACCCAUAUCCAUGAACAGAAGAAAUUCUAGCUGCAAUAAUGUCCUAGAGAUUUUAAACCUAUUUUCUUAUAUUCUGAGGGGAAUUAAGUUCCUUCUUAACUAGAUUAUUGAAUUCCUACCAUCUACACUAUGUGCAUUUGGAAACUGAACUUAUAUUGUGAGUGAAAGAUGAAGUCAUUAAGGUCUUCGUUAAUGUAAGCUAAACGCCUGCCUGGGCGCAGGUUAAAAGCCACUGAAGUGAGUGGCCUUUGCUGUCUUUUGGUGUCCCCGUUGCUUCCUGAGGGGUCUGGUGGCGGCAGGGUUUCCAAGGAAACCCGUCCUGCUGGUUUGUUUCCUAGAGGUCUCUGCUGCUCUGCAGACACUGCCUUCCCUCACUAGAGCCGACGCUACUCUUCUCUUUCCUGGGGAAAGAUCUGUGGAAGAAUCUUCCUCACCAAGAGAUCAUUUUCAGCUAACGUGUCUUGUCAUUCUCUUAGUGACAAUCUUCUAAGAAAACUGUAGAGAGGCAUUAUGUACAAAUAUGUAAGUAGUUUAUUUUUAAUAACUGCAAAAAAAAAGUCCUAUGUAACAACUACAAAAAGAAGUCCUAUGAAAAACUCCUAACAGGCAUUUAUCACCGUACCUUGUUAGUGUGACUAGCAUGAUAGUACCUCAGAGGACUCAUGGAGGUUUGCUCUGCCCUCACUUCUUUUCUUGUUGUACUUAUUAUAGGUGAUACUUUGCCUCCAAAUCCGAGGUGCUAUAUAUAUAGCUCUUGCUGUUGGUAUAGUGUUUGGUGGAGUCUUGGGUAGAGUUGCAGCAGUGUGGCUAUUCCUAUCCAGGAGUCCCAAGUUCCCUGGCUCUGUGAAUGUUCCACUUUGGGAGGAAACGGGCGCUCCUGUUUGAACCACUCAGCUUUAUGAUUGUGGGCUUGCCUGCAUUGUACCAUGCAGGCCUGUAAUUCAUGGAGUGGUAGACGUGAACAAAUUACCAAAUGAACUUAAAAUCCCACGAGGUAAGAGUUAUCCAGGUACUUCCAACCCUUACAAGGAAGAGCUUAGUCUCCAGAGUGAAAGACCGGGACUCGGGGCAUGAGGGCAGAGCCUGACUUCAGCUGAAAGGCACGCUAGCCAUGCUUCUCUCAAGUGAGCCUCUCGCAGAACCAUGCAUGUGAGAUGAAGCUAAAGAACAGAAUCCAGAGAUCACAAACGUGUAUCAAGAGCAAUUCUACAAAACUUACCAGGAUACGGGGAAUGUGGGGAUUGAUAGGGUACGUUUCUUGUUGCUAUCACCUAGAGGCACUUUACUUAGGGUUAAAUGAUCAAACCCUCUAGUGGUCGUGAACACCAACAUACUGGCUUACUCUGCUGAAGUAUUUGGUUUUCAUUUUUUUGCACUGGAUCCACCCUGUAAAUAUUCUGAAGUAUACAUUUCAACCACUGUUUUCUACUCUCUUUGCUGCUCAUUAAAAUCUAUCAUGUAGGUGCCAGAACCAUAUGUAAACAGCUUUUUUAAAAAAUUGAAGCUGGUUUUUAUUUUUAAACAAAAAGCCAUAGAACUUGGUCCUUUUUUUCCAUAUUAAAAUGAUUUGUUGAAACAAGGUAAUACUAAUAAAAACCCAGCGGCACCAAAUAGGCUGCUUAAAAUGGUGUGUUAAGGACUUUUCUGUAAUGGAGUAUGGCUGAGAAAAGUUUUGCACAUCUGUAAGUUAAGAUGAAAAACAUGUCAGCAUUGGGUGUAGCGGACAGGAUUCAUUUAAGGACUCGUGUGUCGAUGAUUUGGGAGAGAGCGUUUGGUGGCAUGCUGUUAAAAGAACCACAAUAUCUGAGAAUAUCCUCAUGGUGUGACGUUGCAGAAAUUUCCCAUUGCUCUGCAACUUCCAAACUAGUUUGAGUCAUACAAAUGUUUUCUAAACUUUUAUUCUAUUAUAAUAAAUCUUUUAACAGUA